UUAUUAUUAUGCUUUUCUUGCUACAAUUAUAUAUAUCACUAUCAUAAAUUUUAUUCAACGAUAUUUAAGUUAUAGGACAGUCAGAUCACGUAUUUUGAUUGGGACUUUUGAUGUUUGAAAUAAUAAAAUGAAUUUUUCCAGUUGAUGCUUAUUUACAUCUUUAUUGUUUUUGGAUUGUCACCUGUCCACGGAUAUUUUUUUUAUCUAGGUGCUCUUCAUCGACCCAUUAUGGAUACUCAAAGUAUUAGAAAUUUGCGGGAUUUUCUGCAGAUGUACAACCGCAUCUCGGAGACGUGCUUCACCCAGUGUAUCAGCAGCCUGCUUGAGAGGGAUGUUCAGAGUGAUGAGGUCGCAUGUGUGCAGCGCUGUGCGGAUAAACACAUCAACAGCAACCAGAAGAUAAUGCAGGUGUUUAUGGAGGUGCAGCCCCAGGUGGUGGCGAAGCGGAUGGAGAAGAUGGAGCAGCAGAUGGCUGAGACACAGGCGGCGGAAUCGGCGGAGGCUCAGCCACAGACGGCGGAGGCGACAGAGGUUCAGCCACAGGCGGCAGUAGAGUCGGCGCAGGCUGAGGCGGUCGCUCAGUGAACGGAGAUCACUGCUUGGUUGGGUGCACAAGAGCGAACUUUGCGAACAAACUAAACGUUCGUGUCGUCGUCGACUUGAGUGAGCAGUGAAAGUGUUGCGUUCUACGUGCUACAGAACAUUGCUACGGUACAUUGAUACGAACAGUGCUACGGUAUAUUGAUACGAACAGUGUUACGGUACAUUGAUGCGAACAGUGCUACGGUACAGUGCUACGGUACAGUGCUACAGAACAGUGUUGCGGAGCGCUCUGUGAUGUUGCUACGUAUCGUGAGAGCCGCCGCUCCCGCCGCCGGCAGGCUGGUUGCCUGUCGCGCCGCCGUCGUCUCGAGGCUUCAUCGCUGCGUCACACCAACUCUCUCCCUCUCCCCGCGUGUCCGCCUCUGCCACUCUGCCCCCGCGGAGUCCGCAUCGACUCAGCCCCUGACGAAGGUGCAACCCCGGCUGGCGCUGGCCUUCACAUGUAAGGUGUGCAACACUCGCGUACAGAAGCUGAUCUCGCGGUUAUCGUACGAACGCGGUGUGGUCAUAGUCGAGUGUGACGGCUGCCGCAACCGCCACCUCAUCGCCGACCACCUCGGCUGGUUCAAACACGUCCAGGGCCGGACGGUGGAGGAGAUCCUGGCACAAAAGGGCGAAAAAGUGACGCGUGUGGGGUUCGAACAGGGUGCGUUCGAAGUGGUACCGCCUCAGGAGAGUGAUACGGACGCGACGGUAGUGCCGCCCGCUCCGGCGUCGGAGACUGAGAGGUAGCAGCGUCGGAGUAGUGGCGGCAUCUGUGUGAGUCCAAGGUGGCGCUGCGCCCGCGGGGGUAGUAGUGUGUUGUCUGGUGCGAUAUUCGGCCGUCCGCUAGCGACCUCUGUGAUGGACCUUAGUCGAUCAAUGCCAUAGAUAAGUAGUGGUUAUGUUUGUGGUGCUCGAAGGACGCCUUCGUGUCGUCAUUUCUUGAGGAAACUGCAAGUCGGGCUCUCCAUCACAGCUCAACUCGAACUAGUCUGAACUCGCGAGUUCAGCACUCGUCAGAAAGACCGAGCUGGCGCCUCUGCCGCGCACAAUGCCCUCCUGUCUGCUGAUUCUGAUCGGUCUCCCGGGCAGUGGUAAAACCUCCCUAGCCCGUAAACUCCAGCUCGCUCUCUCCCGACAGUACCGCGUCGUUCACGUCGAGUACGACGCUGUCGUCGAUCUCUCCGAACAGGCUCGUCUUCAGGCCGCCGCCGCCGCGGGGGAGGGAGACGAAGGCUGGCGAAAUGCCAGGAGGGAGCUCGAACGCGCUGUGGAAGAAGUGAUUACCAGCGGGGACAUACCAGAGUUCAUCAACGGUGCCAAUAUGAAAGAUAAUGGAAGUGAUGGCGUCACUGAAGAAUCCACUGAGGCUGAACGUCCAACGGUAUUUAUCAUCGAUGACAACAUGUAUCUACGCAGUAUGCGGUAUCGCUACUUCCAGCUGGCUCGCCGGCAUCAGCUUGGAUAUGCUGUUGUCCUGCUGGAUGUGCCGGUGACAGAGUGUCUUCGGCGGAACGCUGCCCGGGAUAGGCCCGUGCCUGAUGCUGCCAUUGAGGUGAUGGCAGAGAAGUUGGAGCGACCCGACCCGGCUCGGCUGUGGGAGUCGAGAUCAGUGGUGCUAGCUGGAGCUGUAACAUCAGAAGGAGCGUCUGUGGAUCAGGAGAUAAAGAGAGUGACUGAGCGUCUGGGCAGAGUGGAGGGAAAGCUUGAGACAGUGGAAGAAUCAAGGUUGCCGGCUGGCACAAAACGCUCUGAAGAAUCAUCGAAUUCGCCCUUAGGGAAGGACUCCGUUAGCAUAAGCCCACCAUCGAACGACCCUGUCUCAAUUGUAUCAGAGCUGGUAUCCCACGCUCUCGCCUCUCCCGUCGCUCCUCUAGUUGAUAACAGUCUGGAAGUUGAAGCAUCCCGCCUCAUCUGCUCCACGUCCCAGCUACAUCAGCUCGACCGGCAACUUCGCCGACUAGUGGGAGAGCAUGCCGCCGGCUGCGGCGUCCGAGCGCGAGCGGCCAACCUGGCGCGGCAGAAACUGAUGCGUCGGGUUCGUGCCGGCGAGGUGGGUCUGGCUGUGGAGCCGGGAGAGGAUGGGAGGUUUGCUAAGGCCGCGAGGGUGUUGUUUGAGGCAGAGUUGGCGGCAGGGACAGAGUAAAAGAGCUGGAGAGAGUGGACUUGCCAUGGGCUGUGGUCUGGUGUAACUGUUGAAGUAUUUGAGCGAGUGUGCGUUGUUGUGUGUUGACUGUUGACUGACAUUGUCGUGCUUAUAGGACGGGUCAGUAUUGUACUAUUUUGUUGAGUGUUUUGUAUGAAUACACAUGCAGGCCUAAU